AGAACAACUCCAGGUACCGACAUUGUUAUUACCAAGAUGCACGUUCUGCUCCUGAAAGAACCGAGAGAUGGAGAGACUGAGCCUGAUCCUUACAUCAAGGAGCUGGCGUCCCACGGGCACAAAGCCACCUUGAUCCCUGUGCUGUCGUUUAAGUUUGUCUCCUUAAACACAUUGUCGGACAUGCUUUUCCAACCAGAAAAGCACGGAGGACUUGUAUUCACCAGUCCCAGAGCGGUCGAGGCCGUGAAGAUGUGCUUAGAAGCAGAAGAAAGAAAGGAGGAGUGGAACAGCUCUGUGAAAGACAAAUGGAACACCAAGUCCAUCUAUGUGGUCGGGAAGGCAACUGCUGCUUUAGUACGAAAUCUGGGUCUAAAUCCUGUGGGGGAGGACACAGGGACGGCAGAGGUCCUAUCACGUUUCAUCAUUGAACGAGAGGACACAAAUAUUCCACCACUUUUUUUCCCCUGUGGCUCAAUCAAAAGAGAAGUCUUGCCUACGGCUCUGAGGGAAAGUGGAGUGCCCCUGGAGACGCUGACUGUCUAUCAAACAGCCGAACACCCAGAUCUGGAGAAAAACCUGAAGAACUACUUUACAGAGGAGGGCACCCCGGCCAGCGUAGCUUUCUUCAGCCCAUCAGGGGUGAAGUUUUGCCUAGAAGUGCUGCGGAGGUUGUCGGGUGAACACAUCACGGAAAUAAAGUUUGCAGCCAUAGGACCGACCACACAAGACGCCAUGACGGCAGAAGGCCUGUGUGUCAGCUGCACUGCAGAGAAGCCAACAGCCGAGCACCUGGCUGCAGCCAUGGCCAAAGCUCUACAACCCCCGUCACUUUAAAAUCAUCCACUUAAAUUCUUUAUUUUUGUAUAUUCUGUGUUAUUUAUUUGUGUUGCCAUUUGUCUGUUCAACUUUACGCUCUUAUGUUGCAAUUUAUGAAUGUUUAUUUAAGAUACUUCGCCAUAGAGAAAAAAGUGGCGUCUUGUGCCAGAGAGGCCACAGUAAUGUAUGUGAAUAUGAUUGUGUAUUUAUUUAUGUUAAACACAAGUAAGUGAUUAUUUUUGAAAAUAAACUUGGGUCUGUUUGGUGUUGA